CGUCAGCUUUCCAAGGUCCUCAGCUUCUACAUAUCGAAACCUUCCCAGAGAGAUCAAGAAAACAGCCUGGAAGCCUAUGGUAUCUGUGUUACUUACACUGGUGCAGCGAGCAUCCGAAGAUUUCGUACUCGAGAAUCUUCUGAGCGGUAUCGACAACUCGGUUCGUUUCACUCUUGGGAAUCUGGACUUCACACUCGACGAUCUAGUAAACCUCCCACGAUAGCCUUUGACAAAGAACUCGAAAAAGGUGUUUAUGUCGACGUCUUACAUAUUAAGGAAAACAUCAGCAAUGGCUAA